GUGCCGCAGCAAGAGAACUGCUUAAAUCCCAGCCGAGAUAUAGUUUGGUUUCAUGGCUCCAGGAUGGAGAGGUUCCUGCCUGCGUUUCACCCGUACACUGUGUGCGCUGGACCGACUCCGGACAGCGGCUGGGGGAAGAGAGAUGGCCGCCUUUUCAUCCCUCAGGGCCUCAAUUACCUGGAACUGUGCAAAGCCAUCCUGGCCCAGGCCCACCCCAAUGUACUAUUCCCAUUGAGGAAAGCCAUCACCAAAGAGUGUGGCGUGCAGGUAAAUGCCAAAGUGGAUAAAAUCGUGCAGUGCUCGCUGGGUCCUAAAACGCUGUUCUGCUCAAAGGGAGGCAUCCUCCUGUCCUCAAAGUCCCCCAGGAGUCCGGAUCUUGUUAAAGCAGAGGGAACGGCCCCGUAUUGCACCACACCGGUGAGCAACCUGCGCUUCCUGCGGCCUGUGUCCAUCUACUCCCCUGUGUUUGACCGCAGGAUCUCCAUGAAGCAACUCAGCGAUGCCGAUGCAGGUGAAGGAGAAGCCGAAAGAACCGUGGAUCACCUUGAGUCGGGGCAUGAAUGCGAGACGGGUCACAGUGGCGAAGAGGACAAAGGCAUGGACUUCAAGACAACUUUCCACAGGUCUACAAAGGGGUCCAACUUUCAGUUCCUGGAGCAGAGGUAUGGCUUUUUCCACUGCAAAAAGUGCAACAUCCGGUGGGAGAGUGCGUAUGUGUGGUGCAUUUCUGGAACCAGUAAGGUGUACUACAAGCAGCUCUGCCGGAAGUGUCAGGUUGGGUUUAACCCCUACAGGGUGGAGUCCAUCCUCUGCAAGGGCUGCUCUCAGACUUCCUGCAACUGCGAAAAGCGGCAGCGGCACAUUAACAUGAAGAGGCCUCACCGCCAGGCCCUGUGUUGCCGCUGCAAGGGCAUGAGGUUAUCCUGUGACGCCACCUACAGCUUCAAAUACAUCGUCUGAGCUGCCCUGCAUGUUCGCUCGGGGUUUAGAAGCUCCCAUUCCUCAGCAGACCUCUAGUUCACGCCGCAAAUGGAAGUUGCCUCUCACGGACUUUAAGCGCUUCAUGUAUUCUCCUACCAGCGAGGAGAUGAAGCUCUUUUGGUGGCUUAUUUGAAGCAAUCUUAAAGACCAUCUUUGUUUCCCCAAAUUAUCCUGGAGCUUAACUUGAACAUAAAAAAACUAUUUUUGUAAGAAAAUAAAUGUAUU